AUGGGCGGUGCUGCCUUAGGCGCCAAGAACUCGGCAGGAGAAACUCUCCAGAUUCAAACAAAGGUCGACCUGAAACAUUGGAUGCGAACAAACCUCCAACUUUCAAGACACACCAUGAAAUCCUUCUUGAUUCUCACCGCUCUGUUGGGCUUGAGCUUGGCCGCCCCUGACCACCAUACCGAGAUGGACCACGCCCCUGAAUACAACGUCAUGAUCCAAGACAAGAUUGUUGAGCUCUACGAGUUCUUGAAGGCCGAACUUGAGGGUGAAGGUGAUAUGAUGGAAGCUAUUGACCCUAUUGAAAGCAAAGAGGAUGACGAAGACCUGGUCAAUGUUGAAGAUGAACCCGUUGGAACUGCAUCUGAGGUCCGCAACAAGAGAAGUGCCGAUCCCUUCUUCCUCCGUAAACUCUUCCGUGGACUUCGACGAGGUGGAUUUAGACGACGCAGUUAUAACCGUGGAUUCGGCCGCAGAUAUAACCGUGGACGAAGCUACGGACGCAAACGCUAUUACGGUUAAAUGUUAAAGACACCUUAGGGGUUGUGGGAAAAAGAAUCUGGAUAAAUUAUUAUAGGUGCAAAUAAAUUGAUUUCAUAAGAGA